GCUAACUAGCAUUAACUAUCGUGACAACAUUGCGGUUAAAGUUAGCAGCUAGCGGCAAACUUUCACCCCCCGCUCUUGUUAGCGUGGUAGCAGCCGGAGUUAGCUUAACGUUUAGUGUAAACUACGUUUUCAUGUCUAAAAGAUUCGUCUUUCUGCGUGAGUCAGAAAAUCAAACUCUAACCUCACGCGAGGCGGUUUGGAUUAAAUGGCGGACACUGGCAAGACAGCGAUAUUAGCAUAACAACACGCGAUAAUAUUAUCAUCCGAUACCACCACACCGCGAUUUGACCGGGCGAUAUAGACGGGCUGUAGUCAGGUGUCAACGUCACGGCACCAUGGGGACACGGUGGUCUCGGAGCGGCAGCAGCAUGUCGCUCCUCCCGGAGAGGCAGGGCUGUCAGCGGUGGGAGGAAGACGGGAACUGCGACGACGACUCUCUGGACGGCCUCAUCAGGCGGGAGGACAUAGCACAGUUCCCGUACGUGGAGUUCACCGGGAGGGACAGCAUAACGUGUCCGACGUGUCAAGGCACGGGACGGAUACCUUCAGGUCAAGUGAAUGAACUGGUUGCAUUGAUCCCAUACAGCGACCAAAGACUGCGACCACAAAGAACGAAGCUGUACGUGGUGUUGUCCGUCGUGCUCUGCCUCCUGGCGUCUUCGCUUGUCGCCUUCUUCCUCUUCCCUCGCCCGGUGGUCGUGGUGGACAACGGGAUACGCUCGGUGACUGUUCACUUUGACCACCCCAACAUGAAGGUCCUGAUGAACAUGACGAGCACGCUGAACUUCAGCAACCCAAACUUCUUCUCCGUGCUGGUCCAGAGCAUCACCUCUCAGGUCCUGUACAUGAAGACAGUGAUUGGGACUCAGCAGCUCGACGACGCCACCACCAUCCUGCCACUCAGUCAGAGACAGGUGAACUACACCGUCAGCGUGGAGAUUGGCAGCAGCGCCCCCUACGUCUAUGCCUUCUGCACCAUGCCCAGCAUCAAGGUCCACAACAUUGUCAUAUUUUUGCAAACGUCGGUGAAAACUUCGUACAUGGUGCGAACGUCUCAGAACAGCCUGGAGGCGUAUCGCUACAUAGACUGCGGCACCAACACCACUUACCACCACGCGGCUCGCGGCCGCCGCUCCUCUGCGGCGUCCUCCGGCUUCGCUCUGCUCUGAGUGGAACACUCCUCUAAUCCCAAUCCAAUCCUGUCAGAUUAAACUCCAGGAACAAUUGUUUUUUUUUAACCACUAUUUCGACAAACACAGUUUUCUGUGUGAGUGACGGCGACGACGCCACCUGGUGGCUGCACAGUGGGACAUUCCAUAGGAGACGGAGGUUGCCAGUUGAAAAACAUUAAGUUUUAAUUACUGAGGUCAGUAACAGAGUUGAACCUCGUGGUUUUUACUGCUCUUAAAGACGCCUGCGAUGGAAGAGAAGAGGCUGAACUCAACUCAACUGAAUCUUGGGGGGGAAAAUAUUAAAGGGGUGAGUUUUCUGAUUAACCUUCAUUUCAAUAUUCACUUUGUAGCACAUUUAAAACUUUUCCCACAACUUUCAGACGUGUAUUUACAUUUUAAUCAGUAAAGGUAGAACGAAUGGUGCAAAAUAGAAGAAAUAAACAACGUUCUGAAGCUUUAAGGAACAGAAUUAUAUAUAUAUUUACUACUGAGUAAAAGCUGCUGAUGUUUUUAUAAAAAAGGAUAUUUUUUGGGAAUUUAACGAGACGGAUAAUUCUUUUCUUUUUUUUUGCUGUGUUAUUUAAAGGUUUGGCAUUUCCACAUUGAUUUGCUUUUGGUUUUAAAUGAAAUGAUCUAAUCUGGUCUGAACACACUGGUUUUUUACAUUCAGGGUUAUUGUGUGUGUGAUAUAGAGUGGAUUAUUGUUCUCACACUUGAUUUAAUUUAACGUUAUCAGCGACGACGUCAUCCCUCACUGUGGUAUAUCAUUCUCUCCGCAUUGUUUCUCACUCACACAAAAGAUAAGCUUGUGUCCCACAGUUUGAACUGUCAACAUGUUGCAGCUGUGUUUAGUUUGUUUUUGUUUGUUUGCUCUCAGUGAAAACACGGCUCACAAACGACUCACCCGACAAAAUCCAUGCCCUCUUUUAGUCGUUAACAUCGUAAGAAAACCAGUCCAGUCGAUAGAAAACAAACCAAACCCCAUAGAGAAAAUCCGAGUUUUAAGCUCACAGAGGACACAGGAGUUGAUCCACUGCUUCCUCCGUCAGAACAUUAAAAUGUGUCGUUUUGUGAAUUCAGCAUGUGCAAUUCUUCCUUGAAAUGUACCUCAGUGGCACAAAGUGACCACAUGAGGGAGCAGUAGAGCAGCAGCUCCUCUGUCCCUGUGAGCUAAAAACGCUGAUUUUCUCUAUGGGAUUUGGUGCAGUUUACAAAUGUCACUUUCCUGUUUUAAAACAGCAGUUAAACAGUAAAAUUAAACAUAUUCUUUAGAAAUCGUGGACUUUUAUUGGGUGAGACAUUUGUCAUGUGUCUGAAUUAUCUCUUUAACUUUAUCAAGUAUUCCUCAUAUUUCUUGUGUUACAGUAUUGUCUCUGUAUAGUGUAGCCAUGGCGACAGAAUCACUGAGAGAACUUUUCUUUCUUUUUUUUAAAUAUAAGAGUUUGUAAAUUUAUAAAUGAAUGGUUUUUACAAGGGCUUUUUUUUGUUGUUUUUUAAAUGUUGGAAAAAUAUAUUAAAGGGAAUUGUGAAUAAAUAAAAUUGAGAUUGUACGAACA